AUGUAUCCUUGUAUGCCAAUCUUAUACUUCUCUCACUCGCAUUUCCAUACCUUCAAACACCCACCUCAACCCGAGCAUCAAAUUCGUAAAGCCCGACUGGUCGUCCAAUCUGGCCCAAAAUCUGACUUAUCCGAUGGAUGGCCUUUUGCGUUUUGCUUCCUCCCCCAACGAGAACCGGUUCGUGCCAUUGGAGACAUUCGUUGUCAUAUGAAGCCACAGGCCAUCCCUCAACCCAACGAUGCUGAAGACUCGGGCAUGGCGGGAACCAAGCCCUGUCUCUGGAAGUUCCGAAAGGGUCAGAGCUUGCAAGAUAGCGCAGCGUUCCCAAUGGGGCAACUGCUGGUAGCUGCCCCGUCAGAAGCAGUGCAAAUUAGGGCACACCAGCAGCAGAUCAAGAAAAAAACACCCCCGAAGCCCACGAACAGUCCAAAAGUAACACCCGGAAAACCGCAUCCAAGACGCCAAACAAAACCGUGCAAAGGAGGCUCCACGCGCCGAAGAAUCAACCUCGCACGCAACAGAACCAGAUUCAGCAGCGGGCUAGGUUUGAGAGAGCGCUCUAUAGGCUCUGAGUUGAUAUACGGCGGCGGUGGCCCCAAGGACAUCGAGGUGGUGCAUGAUGGGAGCCGGUGCCGCUGGGGGUUCUCAUUGAAGUCCAAGCUGUGA